AUGAUAUUUUUAAUAAAUCAAAAUUUAAAUUAAAUCAAUCGGAAAAUAUUAUGAAAACGAUACAAUUAUUUCAACCAGAUUAUCAACCAAAAUAUGUUGAGCCUCAAAUGUCGUACGACUGUAACCUUUUAAAGAAUAUUGAUAAAAUUAAUUUACGUAAAUAUCCAGCAGAAGGUGUUUUAACGCUUGAACAAUUAAAAAAUUGUUUGAAGAUGCAAUUAGAGCAAGAAAACACAUAUAAUUUACCUAUAAAAAGUGUUGAAAACUUUCAUUCAGUAAAUAACGAUAAAUUUUUACACUAUAACAAGAAAUUAACUGAUUUGGAAUCUUCGUGGAAAGAGAUUGCUACGAAAGCUUUUGAAAAAAAUCUCAAUUAUUUAAAGCAAAAGGAAUCAGAAGUCAGACCUCCAAAACUAGCUCUUUAUCCAUUUUUAAAAAUACUUCCAAAAGAAAAUUAUAUAAAUCUUAUUCUACAAGAAAUAAGAAAUCUAGCACAAAAUUCACAGUCUUAUUCGCUAUCAAUGUCAUUGUUAUCUAUAAGAUUAGGAUUUUUAAUUUUUAGGGAAUACGAGGUACUUAUGAAAGAAAGAAAUGGUAUUUUGGAUAAGACAAUUGAUAUUUAUAAUAAGUAUUUGAAGUGGUAUUCGCAAACUGAUUUUUCUGAUACUGAAAAAGCAGUAAAUGGUCGUAUUGUAUGGAAUAAACUUCUACAUGAAAAUCAGUACUAUGGUCCUUCUUUAGAUAAAGAAUGUGUAGAGUGGCCCUACCAUGUGUUUUAUAAUUUAGGCAAAUUUUUAUAUAAGAUUAUCAUUAAUGAUAUCAAAAUUAACGGAGAUAAUCAAUCAACAAAUUCAGAAUUACGUCAGAAACCAGCUUUUUAUAAAUUAUAUAGAAAUAAAGGAAAGUUUUUGAUAGAACAGGUUAAACCUCAUCCUAUUAUAUGUAAACUGUAUAAAGAUGCACAGUCAAAUAUAUUAACAUUUGAAGCAACAUUAAUACCAUCCUUAUGUCCACCACGUCCUUGGAUAUCUAUAAAUUCUGGAGGAUAUGCAUUAUUAAAAACAAAUUUUGUGAGAACUCCAUAUUAUGCGAAAGCUAGGCAAAUUCAAUUUUUCGAGAGUUUACCUGCAAAUCAACUUUAUCCAGCACUCGAUAGUCUGAAUCAAUUAGGUUCUAUACCAUGGAAAGUUAAUACUCCGGUGCUUGAUAUUUUAAUAAAGGUAUUUCAAGAAGGAGGUUCAGUUAAAUUGGAUGUACCACGACCACCUUCCAUUUUAUUAUCUACAGAUGAUUCGAUGGGAAAUGAAAAUGUAAAAGACAACUCCUGUAUUUCCAGAACAAAGUUGGAGCUAAAAAAGAAGAAAGAAGAAAUGUAUUCGUUAUGGUGUGAUUGCCUUUAUAAAUUAUCUCUUGCAAAUCACUUUCGAAAUCAUGUAUUUUGGUUGCCACACAAUCUGGAUUUCAGAGGAAGAGUAUAUCCUAUACCUCCACAUCUAACUCAUUUAGGAUCAGAUUUAGCACGUUCAAUCCUCAUAUUUGCUCAAGGGAAACCCUUAGGUUCUCAUGGUUUAGAUUGGUUAAAAAUUCAUACUAUAAAUUUAACUGGUUUAAAGAAACGUGAAAAUCUUAAGGAACGACUUAAAUUUGCAAAUGAAAAUAUAGAUAAAAUUGUUGAUAGUGCGGAAAAUCCCUUGACGGGUGAUAUGUGGUGGGCAGAAUCAGAUGAGCCUUGGCAAACCUUGGCAUCGUGUAUGGAAGUAGUUAAAGCUUUAAAAUCUCCAAAUCCAGAAAAAUACAUAUGUUGUUUUCCAGUACAUCAAGAUGGAAGUUGCAAUGGUCUACAACAUUAUGCUGCACUCGGACGAGAUCAAAUUGGAGCAGCAAGUGUAAAUUUACAUCCUUCUGAUACACCGCAAGAUGUUUACAGUGUUGUUGUUAAUAUGGUUGAGAAAUUACGAUUGAAAGAUGCAGAAAAUGGUGUAAAAAUUGCACAAUUGUUAGAAGGACAUCUAACUAGAAAAAUUAUUAAACAAACAGUAAUGACUACUGUUUAUGGUGUAACUAAGUAUGGUGCUAGAUUACAAAUUAUGAAACAAAUGAAAGACUUAGAGAAUUUUCCAUUGGAACAUUGUUGGGAAGCAAGUACAUAUCUAACAUACAAAACAUUUGAUAGUUUACGAACAAUGUUCGAAAGUGCAAGAACAAUUCAAGAUUGGUUCACAAAUUGUGCAUAUAUUAUUUCAACAAUAUUUGGUAAACCCAUUGAAUGGAAAACACCUUUAGGAUUUCAAGUUCUGCAGCCAUAUUUUAAAUUCAACAAAUCCACUGCACAAGUGCGAAAUGUCGAAGAAAAAAUAGAUUCUCUCAAACAAAAAAAUUCAUUUCCUCCAAAUUUUAUACACUCUUUGGAUUCUAGUCAUAUGAUGCUUACCAGUUUGUUUUGUGAAAGAGCUGGCAUAACGUUUAUGUCAGUGCAUGAUUGUUUUUGGACGCAUCCUUGUACUAUAGAUAUAAUGAAUAAGAUUUGUAGAGAACAAUUUGUUGCUCUCCAUUCAGAGCCGAUUUUAGACGAUCUCUCAAAAUAUCUUCAUGAAAGAUAUUUACAAAACAGCGAUGUAUUAUUGGAAAUGUUUACUAAGAAGGAGAUGGGACAUUUAAUUGAAACUUUUAAUUCUGUACCAGAGAAAGGUUCAUUCAAUCUUAAAAAUGUCUUAAAAUCUGUAUAUUUUUUUAGUUAAGUUCUUAAAUAAACAGAUGCAUAUAUGUAUGUAUUACUGAUGGC